AGGGCAUUUCAGUAAUUCAAUUUCCUCGUAGACACGACGCAAUUCCAGUUUUGUCCAUCGUCUCCAUCCCCCUACCGCGCGAGCGAGCGAGACUGAGAGAGAGAGAGAGAGAGAGAGAGAGAGAGAGAGAGAGAGAGGGAGGGAGGGAGAGAGAGUGUGUGUGUGUGUCUCACAAAUCAAACUCUGCUCCCCGAAAUUAAAUUAGGGUUUUUCCCAAAUUUAAAUCCCCCCAAAUCCCCCACCCUCGAGAGAGAGAGAGAGAGAGAAAUUCCGAGCUUCCGAAUCUCUCCAACUCCAUGAUCGGAUUCCAAUCAGCCAAUCCAUCCAAUCAAUUUUGAAAAAAACCAAGAAAAAGGGGGGAAAAUCGAAGCUUUUGAGUUUCAGUUCAAGGUAUAUAGCCACAGAGAGAUUCGAAUCCGUAGCUGAUGGAUGUAGACGGAGGGGGAAGCAAACGGGUCUUCCACAGACUGGGUGGGCAGCAAUCCGACCCGUCAAAGAACCAGAAGGUAUGCUACCAUUGGAGGGCGGGCAAGUGCAAUCGCCACCCCUGCCCCUUUCUCCACAGAGAGCUCCCGACGCCGCCGCAGCAAGGUCUCAAUGGGACGGCCUCGACUAAGCGCCAUCACGCCUUCGCCGCUAACACCGAUGGUCCAUCGUCCCGGAAUCGGGGUCCAAAUAACUUCAAUGGCGGGACUUCUUCGACUUGGGGCCGUACAGGAGGAGCGAAUAGGGUGUUUGUUAGGAAGAUGGAGAAAGUCUGUAAUUUUUGGGUCCAGGGGAAUUGCAGCUAUGGGGACAAGUGUAAGUUCUUGCAUUCUUGGAGUAUGGGGGAUAGCUUCAGCUUGUUGACGCAGCUUGAGGGGCAUCAGAAGGUUGUUAGUGGGAUUGCACUGCCUUCUGGGUCUGAUAAGCUGUAUACUGGGAGUAAGGAUCAAACUGUAAGGGUUUGGGAUUGCGCAUCUGGUCAGUGCAUGGGAGUUAUUAAUCUUGGCGGUGAAGUAGGUUGUAUGAUCAGUGAAGGUCCUUGGAUAUUUGUUGGCAUACCAGAAGCUGUAAAGGCCUGGAACACCCAAACUAACUCGGAACUGAGUCUUAGUGGGCCUGUCGGACAAGUUUAUGCCAUGGUUGUGGGUAAUGAUUUGCUCUUUGCCGGUACACAGGAUGGUUCUAUAUUGGCAUGGAAGUUUAAUGCUGUGACUAAUUGCUUCGAACCAGCUGCAUCACUGAUAGGUCACACCCUUGCAGUUGUUUCAUUAGUAGUUGGAGCAAAUAGGCUCUACUCUGGUUCAAUGGAUAAUUCUAUAAAGGUCUGGAGCCUGGAAACUUUGCAGUGUAUACAAACGCUAACAGAGCAUACUGCAGUUGUCAUGUCUGUUCUUUGCUGGGAUCAGUUUCUCUUAUCAUGUUCCUUGGAUCAACAAUUAAAGGUCUGGGUUGCUACUCAAAGUGGAAACUUGGAAGCAACAUAUACUCACACAGAAGAAAAUGGUUUGAUUACACUUUGUGGGAUGCAUGAUUCAGAAGCCAAGCCAGUCUUACUGUGCGCUUGCAAUGACAACACUGUCCGUGUAUAUGAUUUGCCAUCGUUUUCGGAGAGGGGUAAAAUUUUUUCAAAACAGGAGAUAAGAUCGAUUCAGGUAGGCCCUGGUGGCUUGUUUUUCACGGGUGAUGGAACCGGUCAAGUGAAAGUAUGGAAAUGGACUGAACCAGCUGCGGUCACUGCCUGAGAAAAGGGAGAUUAUUUAUAUUGGCCACAUUGUAUCUGUAGUUUUUUCAUUUUUCUUUUCUGGGUUCUUUCGUAAGUGUUAGCUCUGAGGAAUGAAUUACGGGUUUUCUAUUUUCGGGUUGGAAUGGAUUGAGUUCUCUUUUUUUGGAGGAUUUAUGGAGCUAGGAAUUAGUAGCAUUAGCACUGUCCGCAGUCCGCUCCUUUGGGUGCCAUGAAUGUGAAGAAGCUUCUUGGCUCAUUCGAAGUUUUGACUGCAGGACAAAUAUUCAUAAAAGAGUGAGUUUAUAAACAUUCUGUUUGCAGCGGAUGAUCUGUAUGCAUUGCGAUGUGCUGAUCUUAUCAGUGAUCGGAGUUACUUAUGGAGUUUUGAGUGUAAUAUUUCUCAUCUUGGUUUUGAAAAAUAAAUAAAAAGUCGGCACACGUUAAAUCUC